GCUGCUGCUGCUGCUUCCCUGGCAUCCCCCCGGGUUGCUUUCAGGCGGCUGGCCGUGCGCUCCUGGCACUCUUCUGCCGCCUCCUCUUCGGCAUGGGCAGAGGAUCUGCUUCGUCGCAUGGACAAGCGUGACACCUGGGACCGCUUCUAUUUCGAGAAAGGGGCUAGCGGCCCCCGACAUUUUGACUGGUUCUUCGGCUACGGAGACGUCUCAGGGUUGCUGCUGUCCACUCUGCGGGGUCUGCCCUCGGGCGAGGCCCGAAUACUGGAUGUCGGCUGCGGCACUUCGGCCUUGGGCUUGGGGCUGUAUCGAGACUCCCCCCGCCAGCUCCACAUUUCAUGCUUGGAUUUCUCCCCUCUAGCCCUGGACUCCCUACGCCAGCUGCUCCGGGACAGUCCCCCUCCACGGCACCCGCUUUCCCAACUGUGCUGCCAUCUGGCUGAUGCCACUGACUUGAGAGACACUUUUGAAUCAGGCUCUUUCCACCUGGUACUGGACAAGGGGACCUGUGAUACAUUGCUUCGGUGCCUGCAAGGGCCGGGCCAAGCCAAGCAGUUAGUGGCAGAAUGCCUGAGGGUGCUGAGGCCCGGGGGCAAGGUUCUUCAGUUCUCUGAUGAGGACCCGAAUGCCAGGGUACCGUUCUUGGAACAGGCUGGGGGUGUGAACGUAACUGUAGCAGAGAUCGGGCGCAUUAAUGGCAUUUGCUACUACGUCUACACGCUUGAUCAGAGACUCCUGGACUCAACGAACAGCAGGGAGCAAAGUCCAGAAGGAAAAGGGCUCAAAAUGGGACCUGAUGGCUUGGCUUAA